UGCUUUUCUUUCACUCGUCUCUGUACCGUAGACCGAGGAUGAACGGAAACGGUGAAUUCGUCUUUGUCGCUCUGCUUUUGCUGGCUUUGUCAUCGUUCAAGAGCUAUGCGGAAGUCAUACAUUUUCGCGAGUGUCCCAAGCCAAAUCCCGAUGUAGUCUCCAAUUGCACUAUACACGAGGUACGAGUGGAUCCUUGCAGAGAAGCAGCUGAAGAAAAACCGUGCCGAGUUAGGAGGGGAUAUAAUUCGAGCAUAAGUUUUGAUUAUACACUGAACUUUAGCGGAGAUAAAUUAGAAACUCGAGCAUAUUGGGCCAGUGCUGUGGCUGAUCUCCCAUUUAUAGGAAUGAGUGGUGAUGCUUGCACGAUGACUGCGUGCCCGGCUGUGCCAGGUCAAAAACAAACUUACAACGUUCAAUUAUUUAUCUCGAAAAAAUUCCCCAUUAGAAUGUACGACCUCAAGUGGAAAAUGUGGAAUGAGCAAGAACAAGAAUGUUGUUUCAUGUUCCAAAUUAGGUUACACAAAUGACGACGAUAAUAGGCUUAUUUUAAAAGUCCUUUUUCUAAUCGUCACCAAACUCUUCGACCAUUGUAAUUUUGUGAUUUAAUAAUUAAAAUAAAAAUUAAUUUUUACGAUUCA